CCUGCGUUGCCGCCCAUGCCAGGACCCUGUGGACCACCUCCUGUCCCAUUGUUGCCUGCAUACGCAGCAGCAGCAGCGGCCGCAGCCAUACGAUACCGUUGUGCCAAAGCUGCUGCCGCCGCUGCCGCUGCAGGAUUCGCCCCAAAUCUGGCGGCGGCUGCUGCAUACGCACCCAUGGCUUGAUAUGGAUCCGCUCCGACCCCAGCGCCACCACCAUAGCCGCCACCAAAGCCGGCGCCACCCAUCAUGCCGCCCAUAGAGUCCAUGCCAAAGUUUCGUCCGCCUCCUCCCAUGUUGGCUCCGUAACCGCCUUGACCGCCUCCAAAUCCUCCGUAGCCACCUUGUCCACCGCCAUAUCCACCCCCACCGUAGCCACCACCGCCACCAGCACCACCAGUACCACCACUACCACCAGUAUUUCUCGAAUCAGUACGAUGCUUGGGCUGGGCUCGCUUGACUUCAAUCUAUCAGCAGAAUGCAGUUACAGGGAUCAUUAAAUUCAAGGCGCCUAAUCCAAGUCUGUGACAAAAACUCGAAUAACAUCUGUUGCAGACAAGGCAUCUAACUUACCGUCUUAUCAUGAAGUGCGAGAU